AUGGCUUUGCAAGCACAUAAAAAGAUAGACGAUGCUGGAAAUGAAGAGAACGACGAUGGUGGAGACUAUGACGACGAACCGGUAUUCAAAUUUUCCAAAGUUACGCUCUCCUCGUCGGUAUCUCGGAAGGCAAAUGAUGAUAACAAGAGUACACCAGAUUAUCUUAGCUGUAUUGCUGUUCAUGAACGAUUUCUUGUGAUUGGAAAAAAUACAGGUGAUAUAUUAAUCACCGAUCAUUUGGGGACUAUAAUCCCUCAAUUUCAUAUUCAAGCACAUACAUAUCCCGUCAAUGCGAUAUCGAUUGAUGCUAAUGGUGAUUAUAUUGCGAGUUGUUGUCAAGAAGGACGAGUUAAAAUAUCCGGUUUAUUUAGUAAAAACGAUGAUCAAUUAAAUGCGUUCUCUCGACCGAUAAAAGCCGUCUGCCUAGAUCCAUUUUUUUCGAAAUCAAAACAGUACGUUACAGGUGAUACAUCCCUUAUUCUCAAUGAACGAGGUUUACUGGGACGACAUAAAUCUACAACUUUAUUCGAUUUUAAAGGUGGACUUAUUCAUACACUUCGUUGGAAAGAAUCACUGAUUGCUGUCGCUAACGAUAGAGGUGUUGGUGUUUAUGAUUUGCGUGCGCGUCGAUUAGUUGGAUUCGAAUAUACAGAACCUCAACCAGGAUUUGCACCGGGUAUCUAUCCAAGUAGAGUAUCAUGGAAUGAUGCCACAACGUUAGUCGCUGCAUGUGCAAAAACGAUUAAAAUCGUCACUAUUGUAAAUGACCCAACAAAUGAUCAUCAAUCAACUGUACCGAAGAAGUCCAUGAAUAUAGUUAUGACGUUUAAAAUCGAAUUCUACGCAUGUGGUUUAACAUCAGUUAAUCGGGAUUUAUUUUUGCUUGGUAUUGAAGAUUACAGUAUAGCAAAUGGUGUAACCGAUCCGUCGCUAACGGUUCUACAGUCAAUCGACAGAAACUAUGAAGAAAAAGCCCAUGAUCGGUUUGUAUUGUCACGAAAUAAAGACACAUCACCAUUUCAAUUUCAGCUCGAAUAUCUACCUGACGAGCGAUGUUUUUUCAUUCUGUCUCCUUAUGAUAUAAUUAAAGCGGAACAUCGAAAUUAUGAUGAUCAUAUCGAUUAUUUAAUCAGCAAGAAGCGAUUCGACGAAGCAAUCCAAGCAUUCGAGCAACCGAAAAACACGACUGAUAAACCACAGCGACAUACAAAACGAAGUGUCUAUCAAGAAUAUGUUAAAGAAUUAAUUGAAAAUGGCCAGUCGAAAACAGCCGUGAAAUUGUUUCCUGACGUCUAUAAAACAGCUGAAGAAUGGGAAGAACAGAUCCAAAAGUUUAUCGAUCGAAAAGAACUCGAUAUCAUCACUCCGUAUAUUCCAACCGUUUUACCAAAAUUGAAUCCAACCGCUUAUGACAAAGUAUUGGAAACAUAUCUAAGCGAGAAAAAAUACGAUAAAUUAAAAGAAUUACUAACAACUUGGCCGUCCGAUAUAUACAACGUAACGAGUAUCGAUCAUUUGACACGAAUCAAGAUGGAUGAUGAUCAUACAUCAAAAACUUUACUUGAAUGUUCAGCUAUUUUGGCUGAAAAACAAGGCAAUGUAGUGAAAACAUUGGACAUCUAUUUGAAAAUGCGGAAUAUCCAAGUUUUCCAACUGAUUGACCGGAAAAAUCUUCAUAGCGAGAUUCUUCCGCACAUUGAAACACUCAUGACAAUUGACAAAAAUUUAACACUCGACAUGUUGGUUAACCAUGUAGAUAUAUUACCGGUCAAAUCAGUUUACAAUGUCCUUCAGAAAAACUCAAGGUUUUUACAUGCGUAUCUUGAUGCUGUGUUCUCGAAAAAUCCAAGCGACACACGAGAUUAUUAUACACUCCAAGUAACGCUGUAUGCGGAAUACGACACGACAAAGCUGAUGGGAUUUCUGCGUAAAGCUGGAAGUUAUAGUAUACAGGACGCCAUUUUGAUUUGUGAAAAGAAAAAAUUGUAUCCUGAAGCUGUUUUCCUUUACGGUCGAGCGGGUAAUGGGCGCGUCGCUUUGCAGACAAUUCUUGAUAAAUUGAAUGAUAUCGAAGGAGCGAUUGCAUUUUGUCGCGAAACAGGUGAUCAAACAUUAUGGCCAGUCUUGAUCGAAGCAUCGCAGAAUAAACCAGAGUUUAUCAGAGGUUUAUUGAAUCAUGCUGGUAGCGAUAUGAACUUGAAAGAGUUAAUUGAUUCGAUCCGCGAUGAUUUACGAAUUCCUGGUUUACGAGAUUCACUGUGUAAAAUCAUGCAGGAUUAUAAUAUUCAGAUGUCUCUAUCGGAAUCUUGUCGAAAAAUAAUUGUACAUGACUGUUUGGGUCUACGUAAGAAGACAAUCACAUUGCUUCAAAGUGGUUAUUCAGUCAAAGAUACCGAUCUUUGUGCGAAAUGUCACAAUCCUGUUUACACUUCUGGUACUUUGACCAAUCUUCCAGUAUCUGUCUUUUUCUGUUUACAUGUCUUCCAUACCAAAUGUAUCGAAACGAAUCCGGAUGUUUGUGGUGUAUGUUCGACUACUUCUCUGUUCGGUGCGGCUUAA